AAGAUGGCGGACUUCCUGCCGACCCGCUCCGUGCUCUCCGUGUGUUUCCCCAACUGUGUGCUGAACAGCCGGGAGGCCGAGCAGCAGCGCAAGUCCAAGGAGAUCGACCGCUGCAUCUCCCGGGAGAAGACCCACGUCAAGCGGCUGGUGAAGAUCCUGCUGCUGGGCGCCGGCGAGAGCGGAAAGUCCACCUUCCUGAAGCAGAUGCGCAUCAUCCACGGCCAGGACUUCGACGUGAGGGCCAAGCAGGAGUUCCGGGCCACCAUCUACAGCAACGUCAUCAAAGGUAUCCGGGUGCUGGUGGACGCUCGCGAGAAGCUGCACAUUCCCUGGGGAGACCCGUCCAAUCAGAAGCAUGGAGAAGUGAUGAUGGCCUUCGACACGCGCUCCGUCAUAGUGGCUCAGGGGAUGGUGGAGACCCAAGUCUUCCUCCUGCACUUGUCAUCCAUAAAGGCCCUGUGGGCGGACAGCGGCAUUCAGCACGCCUACGACCGGCGCCGCGAGUUCCAGCUGGGUGAGUCAGUGAAAUAUUUCCUGGACAAUCUAGACAAGUUGGGAGAACUGGACUACCUCCCGUCUCAGCAGGACAUCCUCCUGGCUCGUCGGCCCACCAAGGGGAUUCACGAAUACGACUUUGAAAUAAAAAACGUGCCUUUCAAGAUGGUGGACGUGGGCGGCCAGCGGUCAGAGCGGAAGCGAUGGUUCGAGUGCUUCGACAGCGUCACCUCCAUCCUGUUCUUGGUGUCGUCCAGCGAGUACGAUCAGGUGCUGAUGGAAGACCGCCAGACCAACCGCCUGACCGAGUCCCUCAACAUCUUCGAGACGAUAGUCAACAACCGGGUGUUCAGCAACGUCUCCAUCAUCCUGUUCCUGAACAAGACGGACUUGCUGGAGGAGAAGGUGAAAGUGGUCAGCAUUAAGGACUACUUCCCGGAGUUUGGGGGCGACCCGCACUGCCUCUCCGACGUCCAGAAGUUCCUGGUGGAUUGUUUCCGUAACAAGCGCCGGGACCAGCAGCAGAAGCCGCUCUACCACCACUUCACCACCGCCAUCAACACAGAGAACAUUCGCCUGGUUUUCCGCGACGUGAAGGACACGAUUCUUCACGACAACCUCAAGCAGCUGAUGCUGCAGUGAUCACAGGACUCCGCUUUCCUUGUUGGUUUUUAUUUUUUUAAGGAAUUUCUCCAGUUUUUAUUGAAUUUUUUUUUUUUAAAUGUCUUUGAGGUUUAGCGUCGAGCUCUGGGGCCGCGCGCUUGUGGAUUGUCAGCCAACCAGAGCCCCUCGCGGCCGCCCCUCGCAGUGGAGCCUGGCCCUGGAUUUGCCUCCUGCCUUAUCUGCGUGUUUAUAACUAACCAGCACAAAUUUGUAUUUUAAAACUUUUCGCCAUUUUUUUUUACCAUCUGUUUUUAAGUUUCCUGAAGUUUUAGCCAUUGUUGGGGGUGAUGAUCCGCCAUGUUGGGGGUGAUGAGGAUCCCCCCUCGGCACAGAGCAUCUAGUUUUAUAUUAUAGUAUUACUUUUAACCAAUUAACAAGGACUGGGCCGCCAGGAGGCGGGGACUCUGCCUGGACUCCGCCCCCUUAAAGGGACCUUGCUGGGACUUGUGGAUGCAGUAUGUUCCCCCUUCUGAGUAAUAACUAUUACAACAUCUGGUCAGUGACGGCCGGAGGGGCGAGACCCCCAUCAUCCUCCUCCCCGUAAUAUCCAUGUCAUCGCUAACCUUGCACUUUGACGUCGGGAAGAGGUUUCCAUCCAGAAGUCGCCGUGAUGGAGCAAUCGCCCGGUAAAAGCGGAACUGAAUUAGAUGACCGCUGAUUCUGAUGCCAUAGAUGGGGGGCGUGUCCUCUAGUAAUGGCCGUCAUUAGGGCGUGCAGAUUAUACCACUGGAGCCACCAUGUUAGUCCCCCUGAGGGUGCACAGCAGGUUUGGGGUGCAGGGACUGUGGACUCCUCCCUUGUAUAGCGGGGUUUCUAUGAAGCGGGGUUGCCGCGGCGACUCCUCUAUAUUUUCACUCUAUAUAGUAUAUUUUUAGAUUAAAUGUGAAUAAAUCGUCUUUUUUGGGGGGAUUGAUAUCAAGGUUUAAUAAUAAUUGUGCCAAAAAAUUCACAGGGUGAGCGGGUGUCGGGGGCGUGUCCUCAGCCACUGACUGCAGCCGCUUCAGCUACUUGUCUCCGGGCCCCUGGGGGUCCUUUAACUUGUGGCCCUCUGUCGGGUGUCGCGUCAUUAGGAUCUUCUGUCACUGGGGUUUGUGUGUGUUUUUAUUUUAUUUUAUUUUUUGUUUUUUUAUUACUUUUUCCUGAAAGGGUUAAACUGCUGUUAAUUUGCACUCGACCAUUAAAUCCCUGGGAUAGACCGCGGGCGACUCCUCAGUAGCGGCGGGGCGGCCAUCGGGAGCGGCUCAAAUGCAAACAAAACAGUCCAGUCUGAUGUGAAUGAUGAGUUCCUGAAUCUUUCUCAUUGGCUGUGUAUCAAUUCUUUGCUAUUCUCUGCUUGCUGUCAGUGAAUAAGAACCUGACCCUACUCACAGCUGAGUGCUUGAUGCAAUGUGUCAGCGGCGUCACUCCCUUUCCUUACUGGAGGGGUUAAACUGGCACUAAUACAUUGUAACAAACCCUCUGCUGUGCAAACAGCACAGAAAUGUGAGGGUUGUCAUUCACUUACGGCAAGCAGAUCUUGUAACUGGCUCAGUGUGAACCACCGAAGUCUGUUAGAAAGUUACAGAGCCGCUGAGGUCGUGCACAUAAGGCUGGAUGUGGCGGCGAGGGGGUGCGUGGCCCUGGGGGCAGUUUAACGCGGCAGUGUGGCCCCGGUGUAUUAUAAUAGGGGGGGCAUCAGCCGUGCCUUCUCAGUCUAUUGGGGGUUUGGUCCCUCCUACAUGACGGUGGGGGUAGCGCUCCCCGCGCCGCGGUUUAGGGCGAAGCCUCCAGUCGCAGCAAUAAUAUUAGAGGAGACUUGUCCCUCGUCUUGUGCCUUGUCCACACCUUAUAAUGCUGUAUCCAAAGGGAAAGGCUUUGAAUAAGUGUUCACACCCCUUGUAACCUGAGGCAAAGUGGGUUACCCGCGGCUGGGAGUUGUAGUCCUCAGGAGCUGCAGAUGGUGAUCCGGUUGGAUGAUGGCCUGCAGUGCUCCCUGCUGGUUGCGGUGCGGUACUGCAGCCACUCCCAUACAUUUCUUAUCCUGUUUAGGCCUCGUGCCCACGGCUGUUGCUCGGGGAAAUUUGCGGUCUCCAACGCACGG